CGGAGCUCAGCUCAGCCCAGCCCGCCCCGCCGAGGAUGGGGUCGCGGCUGUCGCUGGACGGCUCGGUGCGGGUGGUGGUGGUGGGGGGCGGCUUCGGGGGCACGGCAGCCGCCAGCCUCCUCAAGUCCUGGGCCAUCCCCUUCGUGCUGCUGGACGGCAGGGACUCCUUCCAUCACAACGUCGCCGGCCUCCGCGCCGCCGUGGAGAGAGGAUUUGCCAAGAAGACUUUCAUCUCCUACUCUGUCACCUUUGGGGACAGCUUCCGACAAGGCAAGGUGGUUGGCAUAGACCCUGGGAGGCAACAAGUCUUGCUCAGCGAUGGUGAGGAACUUCACUACUCCCAUCUCAUCCUCGCCACAGGCAGUGAUGGGCCAUUCCCUGGGAAGUUCAACAAAGUCACUGACAGGGAGGGUGCCAUCCAGACCUAUGAAGACAUGGUUAAGGAGAUUGAGCAAUCUGAGCGCAUCGUGGUAGUGGGAGGUGGUUCUGCUGGAGUUGAGAUGGCUGCAGAGAUCAAAACUGAGUACCCAGUCAAGGAGGUCACCCUCAUUCACUCAAAACCUGCCCUAGCUGAUGUGGAGCUGCUGGAGAGCGUCCGUCAGCAGGUGAAGGAGAUUCUCCUCAGAAAAGGAGUGCACCUCCUAUUAAAUGAGAAGGUCAGCAACCUGGAAAGCCUCACGCCAAACCGGUUCCAGAAGGACAUGGUGGUGUGGACAGAAAAGGGGACUGAGGUGGUUGCUGACAUGGUGGUCCUGUGCACAGGGAUAAAGAUUAACUCUGCAGCAUAUGCCGCUGCCUUUGGGGACAUCAUGGCAAGCAACGGUGCCCUGAAAGUUAACAAGCACCUGCAGCUGGAAGGCUAUGAGAACAUCUAUGCCAUCGGGGACUGUGCAGACCUGAAAGAACCCAAGAUGGCCUACCAUGCUGGGCUCCACGCCAACGUCGCCGUGACCAACAUCUACAACAGCCUGGCACAUAAGCCUCUUACAACCUAUGAACCAGGUCUUCUUUCCAGGGUCGCUGACAUUCCUGCUGUCAAUGGGCAGGAAUGAUGGUGUAGGCCAGGUGAAGGGUUACUACGUGGGACGCCUCUUGCUGACCAUUGCCAAGAGCCGGGACCUGUUUGUCUCCAAGAGCUGGAAGACAAUGGGACAGACAAUGCCCUCUUAAGAGGGGACCAGUAAGAAACCAGCAAGGAGUCUAGCAACUGGCAGAGGGUGAGGGUGCACUUGUAGUGUCAUUCUGUCCAAGCAGUGACUCCUGCCAUGCCUCCGAAAGCCACCUGUCCAGCAUGCUGCGUUAAGGGGGUGCCCUGCCUGCCUGCAAAGGGGAGGGAGGCACUUCCCAAAUGAAGUGCCCAGUUCUCAUGAUGAAAACCAGGGAAGGAAUGUUUCUUCUCCUUCCUUGUUGAGAGAUAGCUCUGAGCAAGAAACCUGGUUUACCUUGAUUUGUAACAAUAAACACUGCGGUUUUCCAAA